CAAACAUGGCGGCGCCCAUGGAUAGACAUUAGUGUGCGCAAUACUGUUAUGUGUGAUAGUCUGUAAGACUAUUUAUCACCCCAUCUGUUAUACUGUAUGUGAAACAAUGGCUGGAAGAGGCAGAGGACGUGGAAGAAAUGUUUCGUUUAAUGUGGAAGCGCUUGGUUUUGGUCGAGGAGAGGCGUUACCCGGUCCAAUAUUGCAGCCUCCACCCUUAUAUCCUCCAACUGAUUUUAAGCCUGUACCUCUGCUGCAAGGAGAGGAGUUUGAUUACAUGUUGGCCUUGAAACAAGAAUUCCGCGGGGUAAUGAAGAGGUCGCCAUUUUAUCUCCAGACCUCCACAAACCGAAAGGACAUAGACAGAUACUCGGAUAAAUACCAACUGAAUAAUGACACGGAGAACAAAUGGGAACCCGAUUGGAGGAGGCUCCCAGCAGAGUUGAAAGUAACCAGCAAGAAACCCAGAAAAGCCAAGUCAACCAUUCAGCCAAAUAUUCCCAAGAAAAAGCGGAAAGUAGAUGGGGGUGAUGUUAGUAAGACACUGGAGGAAUUAGAGAAAAUAGAGGAGAAGGGUGAUGAAAGUGAAGAUGAAAAUGAAGAUGAAAAUAAAAAUGAAGGGGAUGAUGAUGCAGAAGAGGAGCUUUAUGAAGAAGAUGAGUUAGAGGAGGAAACCGACUAUCUCCUGUCCUACUUUGACAAUGGUGAGGAUUACAAUGAUGGAGAUGAUGAUGCUGAUGAAGGUCCUGUGUACUGAUGAAGGUCAUGUGUACUGAUGAAGGUCAUGUGUACUGAUGAAGGUCAUGUGUACUGAUGAAGGUCAUGUGUACUGAUGAGGCCCUGUGUACUGAUGGGGGUCAUGUAUACUGAUGGGGGUCAUGUGUACUGAUGGGGGUCCUGUGUUCUGAUGGGGGUCCUGUGUACUGAUGGGGGUCCUGUAUACUGAUGGGGGUCAUGUGUACUGAUGGGGGUCCUGUAUACUGAUGGGGGUCAUGUGUACUGAUGGGGUCCUGUGUUCUGAUGGGGGUCAUGUGUACUGAUGGGGGUCAUGUGUACUGAUGGGGGUCCUGUGUACUGAUGGGGGUCCUGUGUACUGAUGGGGUCCUGUAUACUGAUGGGGGUCCUGUGUACUGAUGGGGGUCCUGUGUACUGAUGGGGGUCCUGUGUACUGAUGGGGGUCAUGUGUACUGAUGGGGGUCCUGUGUACUGAUGAGGGUCCUGUGUACUGAUGACCAGUGUAAAAUGUGAAUAUGGACUGUCAACAGAGAGGAACAAUGAAACCGAUGGGGUCCUGUAUACUGAUUGGGGUCCUGUAUACUGAUUGGGGUCCAGUAUAGUGAUGGGGGUCCUGUAAACUGACGGGGGUCCUGUGUACUGAUGGGGGUCCUGUAUACUGAUGGGGGUCCUGUGUACUGAUGGGGGUCCUGUAUACUGAUGGGGGUCCUGUGUUCUGAUGCUUAUGAAUGAAAUGUUGCUUGUUAUUUAAGUUACAUUGUAUUAAAGAUUCUGUUUUCCAAAA